UGUCACGCUUCCAGUUCUUGCUGGAUUGUUAGAUUGCAGUGGAUUGUUUUCCUCGGGACAUUUACAACAAGGUUAAAAUAUCAAAAACAUCUCAUGACACCAAUCCAAACCGUUCGGGGUUUAUCAGGGGGGACCCGGAACAUUCAUUUCCCCACCCAUAUACAUCCUCAUCCGUUGUUUAUAUGUUUAAAACUGAUGAAUAUAUUCAGCUCAGUGGAAAAAGCGCUUGUUGGUGCAUUGUUGUGGUUUGCGAUGUGUAGCUGGUUCGCAGGCUCUUCGGCUAAAAUAUAGAUACAUGAAUCGCUUCCGAGUCGUUUUUUUGCAGAUCCGUUUAGUUUUUGUAUCAACACAACAGCGUUAGCUGGCCUGGACAAAAUGAGCAGAAAACAGCAUCAUUUUAAAGGAGCAGAGGUCAGCUGCUGUGUUAAAUACUUCUUGUUCGGAUUCAACAUCCUAUUUUGGUUGCUGGGAGCUGCAUUCUUGGGUAUUGGACUUUGGGCCUGGGCAGAAAAGGGAGUGCUGUCAAACAUUUCCUCCAUCACAGAUCUGGGCGGCUUCGACCCUGUCUGGCUCUUCAUUGUUGUAGGAGGGGUGAUGUUCAUCCUGGGAUUUGCCGGAUGCAUCGGUGCGCUCCGGGAGAACACAUUCCUACUCAAAUUUUUUUCAGUGUUUUUGGGCCUCAUCUUUUUCCUGGAGCUCACAGCUGGCAUUUUAGCCUUUGUGUUUAAAGAUUGGAUCAAAGACCAGCUGAACUUCUUCAUCAACAACAAUGUUAAAGCAUAUCGGGAUGACAUUGACCUCCAGAACCUCAUUGACUUUGCUCAAGAAUACUGGUCGUGUUGUGGUGCUCAUGGGCCGAAUGACUGGAACCUCAACAUCUAUUUCAACUGUACCGACUCCAACCCCAGCCGGGAAAGGUGUGGCGUUCCCUUCUCCUGUUGUGUCAAAGACCCCGCUGAGGAUGUCCUGAAUACACAAUGUGGCUAUGAUGUGCGGCUUCAAGGGGAGUUGGAUCAGCAGAAGUACAUUUAUACAAAGGGCUGUGUGGGGCAGUUUGAAAAGUGGCUUCAGGACAAUCUGAUCAUCGUUGCUGGGAUUUUUGUGGGGAUUGCAUUAUUACAGAUUUUUGGGAUAUGCCUGGCUCAAAACCUGGUGAGUGACAUCAGAGCAGUCAAAGCCAACUGGUGACUUUUUGCAGAGAGCGACAGGUGACAGUGACAUCUGAUUAUGGCAGAGAGCUUAUUGCAAAUAAACACUGUUUACACACCACUGAGCUGGUAAAUUCCACCCUUUUAACCCUACAGACUUUGUAUGUUCGCUGACUUUACAAAGUGGACUGUCCAUCUAUGUUUUUUCUUUUUUUUUGUGGUUCCUUAUCUGAAAACAAGCUCUUAAUGGAGACUAUCCAGAAGGAGCUUAACAUGAGAUGUCACAUCGAUAUCAAGCUAUCUGCGAUCUCGCAGCUGUCUCUUUAUUGAAUGCUAUUUUCGUUUGCCCUUAAUAAAUGUUCACCAGACUCUCCUUCAUGUUGGCGAAUAAAGUGGAGGGUGUUUCCAUUAACCUGUGGAUGACUUUCUUAUAGAAAAACACACAAAUCAACCACUAGGACUUUAAACCGAGGAGCCAUGAACUAAACAAAGCCUUACAGCAGUGCAUUUUACUAUACACUUGAUUGGAUUCCGAUUUUUACACAAUAGUCUGUCUGUCAGUCAUUCGAGCUGACUCUUACCUCUGAUUGGCUCUCUGUUGCACAGGGUAGCCAAUCAGAAUGACAUACUUGAUAAUGACAUGUAAUGCGUUUAUUUUUGUGAGUUAUACCACUACUGUUGGGGAGGUGGAGAAUAGUCUGUUAUUUGUCUGUAUAGCUAUGUUUUAUUAUUUUUCUCUUGUUUUUUUUUUGGUUGUCUCUGUGGCAAAGUGUAUAAAUCGACUUAACCGCUGUCCCAGACUUGCUUAUGAAUCUUUGUUUUCGCUAGUCUUCUAGAUGUUGAUAUGCUAUAGUGACAUUAAUAAUGUAUUAUUAUAAAUAAUGCUGCUUUAACUCAUAGAAGAUAUACAUCGCUAUACGAACCAACUUAACUUUUUAAUACAUUCCUUCUGGGAAACACACUUCAGAUCACGCAGAGUGUUUUGUGAAUGAAUCUAACGUUGAGUGCACAUGAAGUGGACCGACUGAAUUAGCCGUGCGUACGAUCACAUGCCUUAUUGAGCCCUAUAGAGAUGGUAGCAGAAGCCAAUGACAGUUACACAGCACGCGGACCUUUAGGAAGGCUUUUCUAACUGUUCAGUCUCUCUUGCCCACGCCAUAUGCAUGCAAUCAUCUAUUUAAAAAAUGCAUGGCAAUGCAGACCUCUUUAAAAGCAUGCACACAUACAUAUAUGUGUGUGGAUGUGUAUCCAUCCCAUUGUGAAUACCAUACCAGUGCGUUUUCACCUAGCUGUGUUACUCCCCUUGUGUUCAGAAGGAGUCUGUUUUGAGUCACGACUUUAACGCUGAUAAUGUGCAAAUUAAGAUAAAUGAUGUAUUGCUGAAUGUGUAUGUAGAACGUGCCUGGAUGGUUAUAGCAGUGGAGUGUCACGUCAGCUAGACAGAUCUGAUUCAUCAAGCUUUGCUCUGUUUCAAUGGUCUAUAUAACCUGUGUUAUCAGAGUGAAUAGUAAAAUGUGAGAUUUCUCUUCGGUGGUCUUUUUCGGUAGCGGAGAUUUCGGUAUAUUGUGUAUAUAAGAGGCCAAUCUUUUAUGCAGAUAUAAAAUUACGUGCUAAAGAUGAUGUUUAGUCCCCUUUUUGUGAACCCAAAUUGAUGACCCUCAUGAAAGCUGUCAAGAACAUGUCCAGGUUGUAAAAGAAAAGAGUUGGAUAAUAUAGUUUGCUUAAAGAAAAUAAAGCAUAUUUACUCCCAAAUUCUCAUUUACAUUAUAAAAAACAAAGCAAACAAACAAUAUA